UUUGGAGUUUUUUUUUUUUUUUUUUCUGUUUUGAUGAUAUCAAUGCUGCAAAAAAAGUAUUGCUCUUGAUGGAGUUUUGGAUAAAAAGAUGAUCCAGAAGACCCAAAAAUUGUUUAUUUGGGUCUGCAUGUUGGUGAAAGAUAAAGAUCUGAUGUUGGAUUGGCUUUUUUUUUCGUUUACGUUUCUCAGAUAAAGAAAGAUGUGUAUUUUUUUCCUUCUUUUCUGGUAAAUUUUGCUCACGGUCUUUUUAUUUUCUUUUCUUGAAUUUAUAUCUGUACACGACUUUCAGUUCUUUUAUUUAGUUAUUUAAAGUUUCUUGUUAAUGGGUUACUUUCAUUUCAAAGUUGUUCUGGUUUCACUUUGUCUUCUAGUUAAGUACUAAGGUUGAGGUGGACAGUGGACAGUGGCUUCUCAGUCCCCUCGUACUUAGUGCUAUUUAUGAGUGGUUAUAUUAUAGUCUUGUGAAAGUCAAAUUUUUUAAAUACAGUGUGAAAUAAAUAGAUGUCUUUUAAAGUUGUGGGGCUAUUUGGUAAUCUGGCACCUUUUAGGCUCUUGCUUUUGGAUAUUAACUUACUUAUAUUUAAUUGCAAAUGGAUGUUGGUGCAUGUAUUUGUACACAUAUGUGAAUUUUGUAUUGAUAUUAAAGUUCUUUUUUUUUUUUUUUUUAUUGAAUAGGAAUUGAAUCAUAACAAGUUGUCUUCUGCAUAUAUGAUUUGAUUUGUCAGGUCUAUUGGAUGCAAUGUUGAAGAGAGUAGCAUCAUGGUUAUUGAUUUUAUCGUUCGUUGCUUCUUUAUCGGUUGGUGAUGGUAGUCUUGAAUGUAAUUGUGAUGAUGAUAAUAAAUUUUGGAGCAUCGAGACAAUUAUGUUAUUCCAAAAAGCCAGUGAUUUCUUUAUCGCAAUAGCCUAUUUUUCCAUCCCACUUGAGAUCAUUUACUUCGUCAGUUGUACUAACUUUCCCUUCAAAUGGGUGCUCUUUGAAUUCGGAGCAUUCAUUAUAUUCUGUGGAUUAACUCAUUUCCUCAGUUUCUUGACUACUUUUGGCCAAUACACAUUUCACCUUGUGCUUGCCGUUCUCGCUUCCAAAAUCCUCACUGCAUUGAUCUCGAUGCUCACCGCUAUAUCCCUUGUCUCUCUACUCCCUUUGCUGCUUAAAGUCAAGGUAAGGGAAUUUAUGCUACAAAAAAAAACUCGAGAGCUUGAUCGAGAAGUUGGAAAAAUAAAGAGGAAAAAGGAAGCUGGAAUGCAUGUUCGGAUGCUUACACAAGAGAUCCGGAAGUCACUUGAUCGUCAUACAAUACUCUACACAACUCUUGUUGAGCUACAAAAGAUAUUGGAUUUGCUGAAUUGUGUCAUAUGGAUGCCUAAUGAGAACAGAACUGAGAUGAAAUUGACUCACGACCUUAAAGAGAGGAAUAUUUCCAGUAUCCCAACUAGUGAUCCAGAUGUAAAUGAGAUCAAUGGGAGUGAUGAUGUAAAGAUACUCGACGAGGGAUCUGCGCUUGCUGCUGCGAGUAGUGGAGAAGAAAGUUGUGAGCCGGAAACUGUGGCUGCUAUUAGGAUGCCAAUGUUAAAGGUCUCGAAUUUCGAAGGUGGAACGCCUGAGCUUGUCCCGCAAUAUUAUGCUAUCCUCGUUUUGGUUCAACCGAGUGGAAAGGGUAGGUUUUGGAGUAACUCGGAAAUUGAGAUAGUUAGGACUGCAGCCGAUCAAGUAGCUGUGGCUCUGUCCCAUGCCGCAGUCCUCGAAGAAUCUCAGCAGACGAGAGACAGAUUGAUGGAACAGAAUCAAGCUCUGCAACAAGUGAAAGAGGAUGCUCUUAAGGCAAUUCAAGCAAGGAACGCUUUUCAGGGGGUUAUGAGUCAUAGGUUGAGAAGACCGAUGCACUCAAUCUCAAGUCUACUCUCUGUUGUACAGGAAGAGAAGUUAAGUAAUGAUCAACAUCUUCUUGUGAAUGGUAUGAUUAAAACCUGUAAUGUUGUGUCCACUCUGAUGGACGAUAUGAUCGCUACUUCAACAAUGGAAAAUGUGAGGUUCCCAUUGGAAAUGAUGCAUUUUCAGCUACAUUCCUUGAUAAGAGAAACGGCUUGUCUGGCAAAGUGUUUGUGUACGUAUAAGGGUUAUAAUAUUACCAUUGAGGUUGACAAAUCUUUGCCUAAUCAUGUUAUGGGUGAUGAAAGAAGAGUAUUUCAAGUUUUGCUUCAUAUAAUCGGAAAUCUUUUGAAGGACAACAAUAGAGGGAAUCUUACCUUUAGAGUUCUACAAGCAAGUGAAAAUGAAGUAAGUUGGAAAACAAGGAGAUCGAAUUCAUCUAGCGACAAUGUCUUUAUCAAGUUCGAAAUUUGCUCAGGCGUUAGUCGAUCUCGGUCAGAGAUCAACCUUUGUACUCAGUCGUACUGCAGUGAGGAGGUUGAGGAGAGUUUGAGCUUUGCCGUUUGCAGGAAGCUGGUUCAUUUGAUGCAAGGAAACAUCUAUGUAAUCCCAAAUCAAGAAGGUUUUGAUCAAAGCAUGGCUGUUACUGUCGGGUUUCAAAGGCAGCCAUCAAUUCCCAUAGGCAUGUCUGAAUACGGGGAAUCAUCAGAUCCCGCUUAUCCACAUUCUCAUCUCCAUGGAGUCAAAGUUCUAUUAGCUGACUAUGAUGACGUAAACAGAGCCGUAACGAGGAAAAUGCUCAAGAAAUUAGGAUGCAUUGUCUCUGUAGUUUCAUCUGGAUAUGAAUGCCUCCAUGUUGUUGUUCCUUCUGCAUCAUUGUUCCAGAUUAUACUUUUGGAUCUUAAUCUGCCCGAUGUGGAUGGCUUUGAAGUUACCAUGAGACUUCGAAAGCAUCGAAGCAGGAGCUUGCCUUUGAUCAUCGGUUUAGCUGCAACUACUGAUGAAGAUGUCAGUCAAAAAUGCCUGCAGAUCGGAAUGAAUGGCAUCAUCCGUAAACCAGUGCUCUUACCAGGACUCGCCGAUGAGAUUCAGAAGGUUCUGCUUCGGGCAAGCAGAGCAGUGCCAUGAUGGUAACAUUUGCGAUAGACCUUAGUAAGGCAGUUAAUGUUUUAAGGUACAACGCUAGAUAUAUAAAUAGAAAACGGUAGAAGUUUCGGCAUACUAAUGUUACAUACAUGUACAUCUUGACGGUUUAAAUGAUAUAGAAACUUUUGUGUUC